AUGACAGCCAUGAUCAGUUUAUCCAGUGGUGGAGAAAGUCCUAUCACUGGAUACGUUCCGUUUCUGCCCUUAGAUCUAGUUUUAGAUCUCAAGUUAGAACUUUUUGGGAUUUUUUUCCUCAAAUCCACCACAGUCGUUUCCAUGCAAGCACCAACUACCAGCAACACACCUUCUUCUCUAAUGCUACCACCAACACCCAUAUCGACUCUGCCCGAUCCUAAUCCAAUGGUCACUGAGCCUUUUGAACAUCACAAACAACUUGACAACCUUGUCAAAGAGUUUGCCCCACAUCAAGGGUACGCUAUCAUUGUCGGUCACUCUGGACGAGAUCCGUACCUCUACUGCAAAUACGACUGCCAUUGUGGAGGAAAACCUGCCAAAUCAAUCAAGAUCGGAUGCCCCUUCAAGAUGAAAGCUACUUUCCACAAAGAACGACACACCUGGACUCUCCAUCACCAGAACACAUAUCACAAUCAUGGGCCAAUGGAAAUGGAAAUUCCAGACAUCACAUCCAGAAUUGCACCAACCUCUGCAGAGCAAACACUUGAUCUAGAUCCGAGUCACAAACCGACUAAUGUACUUCUAGACACUAGCCUUCAAUCACAACUGCUAUCAAUCAGUAACCGUAUCCUAUCAAUGACGGCCUCUCAAGAAGAUGAGAUUAUACAAUCAAUCCACAAACUACUUGAUGCGGUAUGUAAUGUACCUGAAGAUAAGAUUCCCACCAAUCUUCCUGACCCCCAUCAAGACGCUGCUAUACAACUUUUAGACGACUUAGAACAAUUCAACAAACUCAUUCAAUUUCAAUCUCCCUUGCAUGUUAAAGAUAACAUUACCAGUAUUAUGUAUCGCCAGGAACCAGAAAAAUCUCCUACUUGGCCCAGCAGUAUUGAUAUUGAUGCUUUCAACAUCACAGUUAUGAACGACCAGCCACUUAUGAAUGAUCAGCCCUCCUUUGAUUCAAUAGACUCUUUUCUUCUUGAAGAUCUCCUCCAACUUUCUCUACAACCAAGCGUUCAGACCAAUUGCCAGGUUCUUGAUGCGACACCUGAAAUCGAUGUUAAUAGUGCUGCCAAACAUCAUGAACCUUCCUCUCAUGACCAUGCAAGAAACAUUGAUCAGGAGGCCUCUGUCCCCAGCACGCUACCCAGCUCAUCAUUCAACAAAGUUCCAAUUCCACCCCACCCGGUUUGCGAUACAUUGCAAGUUCCAAUACCACAGGCCAGAACCACCAGAUCCACUAUCAAGAAAACUGCAAGUGUAUCACCCCGUCGAACCCGUAGUAAAGUCUAUCUAGUUACAGGAGUCGCAGCGCAGAGUGGUGUCAAAAGAACUCAAAUUUCUAGAACCUGCAGCACUCCCAGUGCAAAGAAACACAAAUGA